GUUUACAGAUGUCAUGCCCCAUAAGACCCGAAGUAGAACACCUCAAAAAUAAUCUAUAAGUAAUGGAUAUGAGUUAUUCUCACACCACUGCAGUGUGCAUAUAGAUGUAUAUACGGCUGUAUAUGAUCACCUCGCUGUAAACAGUGUGGGUUCUGAUUUCAAAAACUAAAAGUUUACACUGGUAUGCUUGUUACUGACAGUUAACGCUCUAAUAUUAGCAGAAAAUAAGGCAGAUGAUGAAACUCAUGACCACACGGGAGCAACCGGAGUGAAGGGGCUGUCCGCUCUGGUAAGUCCCGCAGUUCAAAUAUAGCUCUGCAGACGUGUCAGUGUGCGGCUGGUCCUGGUAGCCUCUCCCCGCUGUGUGUAUAUAUAUAUAUGUGCAUGCAUCUUGCGGGUUGGGUUCACACAUGAAGUUGUAUUAUUAAAAACCAGGCACAGGACCUGCCUCUGUCACCGGCCACUCACACCUGCGGGCGUCAAUCAUGCUGGGAUUUGCGUCGUUUCCCUGACACGACACUUCUAUCUGAUUGGCCCAGCCUUGGUCCAGGGGCGGGAGCUCCACAGCUUCUCCUGAAAUCCCAUUGGAGGAACAGCGACGAGGUUGACGUGACGCAGCUUGGAAUUCCCAAAGUUCCCAAGUUCACGGGAAGAGAGGAGCGUUGUUCAUACUGACAAAAAAAAAUAAAUAAAAACAAGACGUGUUGAAGGCAAAAAAAAAAACUGCGAGCGACUGAGGUGUGAGCAAGUCGGAAAACCAGAAAGCUGAGUCUGCACCGUGCUGUGCCGCGCUCGGCCUGAAGAGGGCGAUGUCUGACAACAGCAACAGCACCGGCAGCAGCGGCUCCUCCACCAACAGCUGGACCCUCCUCUCCCCCGAGGAGGCUGCUAUUGAGAAUGUGGGGCCGGUCGACGACGGCACAGAGAGCCUCGGUGACGUCCCGAGUCUCUCUGAGGAGGUGACAGGUGCUGCCGUGGAGUUUAAACCAAGUGACAUGUCUAUAGAAACUGUCCUGUCUGAAGAAGGCCACCAGGUGUGUCAAGAGACCUCUCCAGAGUCCAGUUUGGGUCCCAUCCCUUCCAGUCCAGGCCGAAUGAGCCCUCUUUUACCAAACCCUCUUGACCCUCUUGACCCUCUUGACCUCGACCUAGAGAGUCAGGCUCCAGUCAUCCAUGACAUCGUAACCAGCUCCCCCAGUGACAACGAGCACCUAGGAGCCACACCUUUUGUCACCAACAUUGAUUUGGGGGCUCCGCUCGAUAUCCCUGCUUCCGAACUCCUUCCAGCUGAGCCGGAGGAGUCCUGCUCUACUCCUCCCCUGACUGAGAUUCCUGUCACUACAGAACAAGCGCUUGACACGCCUGCUGAUGUCCUGAUUCCUGCUGGCCCUGCCGGGGCGAGUCCUGUCUUUACUGCUGAACCUGAGGUGGACAUCCCUACUGAGACCCUCACAGCCGCUGAUCCUCCCGCUCACAUUGAGGCUGAUAUCACCUUUACCCCAGAGAGUACAGAGCCACCGAGCCCAGCCCCAGAGAGCCUGGUGGCAGCAAGCCCCAUCGAUGAUGCUCCUGCACCAGAGACAGUUGGUUCAGCAGAGGCAGAGGAGGAGGAGGCAGCUGUGGAAGAGGAGGAGAUGGAGCCAUCUGAGACAGUGACCCAGGAGGAGAGAGAAGCAGAGGAGGAAGAAGGAGAAGAGCCAUCAAGUAGUUUUGAUGUGGGCGACACAAGCGGCUUUGAUGACGGACUGAGGAGGAGGAACGUCCCCUCCUUCGAGGCAGCGCGACCAAGAACGUCAGAUGAGGACGAAGAGGAGGAGGAAGUGGAGUUCAAGCUGGCCGAGAAGAAGGAGGAAAAGCCAUGGCUGUCCAUGAACAAAUGCAUUGUGGGUGCUCUGAUCCUGCUCUUCUUAGGUUCCCUUUUCCUCUCAGGUUUCCUCUCUGACCUGGAUAAUGGAGACUUUGACGCCUCUGAACUGAGUGACGGAGAACCAAGCCAGGACUGGCUUAGCGCUGAUCCACAGGAUAUGAAAGAGCUAUUGGAUAAACUGACACAGGAAAACCAACAAAUCGCUCAGCUAGAGGCUCAACUACAGUCUCAAAAAGAAGAACUGGACUCCGCCCUGAGCGCAGUAGCAGCGAGCGGUGAUGCGAAGGGUAAAGCAGAUCUUGAACUGGAAAACACAAAGCUGAAGAAGGAGCUGUUGUCCCUGCCUGAGCUGAAGACAGAGCUGGAGAGUCUGAGGGCCAGGGUGACCGAACUCAGCCAGCUCACAGCAAAUCAGGAAAUGCCCCAGACUACCCCAGGUUCAGCCCCUCAGCCUGGUGACAAAGACAGUCAAACUACCAAGACAGCAGCUGGCCCUGAGAGGAGGAAGGACACAAAUGAGGGAGGAAGGCUAAAGGAUGAACUUCAGAGGCAGAAGGUUCUUCUGGAGGAGAGCAAGAAGAGACUGCAAGGGAUGAAAAAAGGCGGAAGUGACAGGAAACAAGUGAGGGAUCACCUGGAGGAGAUCCAGAAGAAGCUUUCUGAACAAGUGGAGAGGUGGGGCAAGAGGAAGCCACAGGAGUCCAAAUGGAAAGGGAACAAGGGAAAAACCAAUGAGCGGGACCAUUGGAGGAAAGAAGACAAGAAAGAGUGGAGAGGAGAGAAAGACUGGAAGCAUAGCAAAGACGAGAAGAAGGAGAAGGAGUGGAAGUCUCCGAAGCAGAACUCUCAUAAGGAGGCAUGGAGAAAACACCAGGACGAGUGGGAGGGGAAGAAGGGCGAGCGAAGGAUGGACAGAGAGGAGAGGAGGAAGGAGAAACCGUGGCACAGCCGGCCUGGUAAGAGCUCCCACAGUCACCAUCAACACCACCACCACCAGCCCCGUCAGCCUCAUCAGCACAGCCAGAACGACUUCUGGAGAGACCAGGAGCAGAAGCUCAGGCGCAACGUCCGCCCCCAGCUGGGCUGCAGCUCCGUGGACAACUGUGCCGAAAAGGAGGGGCUCUACCCGGUGGAGCUGCCCGAGUUCGAGGAACUGCUGGAGGGCUACCUGAGCAAGCUCGAAGGAUCCUCAUCUGAGAGCAAGGACAAGGUCAGGAAGCUGACGGCAGAGUACUUCGAGGACGGCGUGUUUAUCCACGACCGGGUUCUUUUCAGUGACUUUGCGGAGGACGUGGCGGACAUUCUUGAGGACAUGGUGGACGUCUUGGACGUCGGCGGGCAGAAGGACGACGACUCCCUGGAGGAGGAGAUGGAGGAGUUUGAACGAGAGGCCCUGUGGAAGUUUGCCGCCACAGCUUAAACAGACAUAUAGGGGGGCAAAAGGGAGUAAAACAUGACACUAAGGUGCAGCACAAGUGGUGGUUUCAUAGGACAUUUUCUCGCCUACAUUUUCCUCUUCAGAGCUGUAAUUGUAGUAGCUUCUGGUACAGAGUGCGUUGUGCCUCUCAUAAACGUGUCCCUCUGAGUCUUUAAUUAUAAGCUAGACUUGUACUUGUCAUUUUGGACUUAGUUGUUGUUACCUACCUCUGUCAGGUCAUGCCUCCUAACCCAGAAUCCUUCAGUAAUGUGUUGUGUGGGUUUUCCUCUGCUCUAUAGUGUUUUCUCAAUACGUAGUGCAUGUUGCAGUUCAUAAUGUAAAUUCAAAACACACACACAACAAAAAAAAAUAAACAAUAACAGGGCUUUAGGAGAUGGUAUUUUCAAAUAAGUCAGUUGAGCACCAGCGCAAAUGAGUUACAGAAAGAUGUAUUAGAUUGGAACUUUCCCUUCAUUGGGCGUUCUUGCCCUCUAUGUAAAAAAAAAAAAACAACCCGCCACUUUUCCGAGCAGGUUAAAACAAAUGCUGAGACAGUUUUUUUUCUUUUUUUUCUUUUUUGCAGAGACCGUUUGCCUGAAGUGAUGUAUAACUGUCAGAUCCCAGAGGAUGAGAUCGCAGUUCAGUAAUAAGACUCAGAUCAGGCCAGACCGGUUUUGUGCGAGCAGCAGCAGCAGCGGCUCUUCUGUAGAUUCAGGCAAAUGCACGCAGAGUGCUGGUUGAGACCCCUGAGCGCUCCGUUUCAAAAUUGUAGUCGUUUUCGUCCCCGCCCUCACUCCCAACUGUCACUUCACAGCAGAUGUCUGGAAACGACCAGGAACCGGUUUGUGAAGUGUCAGUGCUGCUCAAUAAAAAAUGAAAAAAAUAAAUAAAUAAAAAAAUAAAAAAGCAAUAGGACAAAGCGAUAGCCAUAGCUAAAUUUAUGACUGCUAAACCACUUUAGCACUUUUCUCAAACAUUCACAUACUGUUUGUUUUAGUUCUCCUAACCUUUUUUUUUUUUUAAAUAAUGUAGCCAUGGGGACCUCCAACACAUGAUCUACAUAUACUGGGUAUCCCAGAGCAUUCAGAGUAAAAGGUUAAGCGAUCUAUAGAAAUCCCAAAAGGGUUCAUUUAAUUGAUAUGUUAAUUGAGAUUGGCAGCCAAACCAGUAUUGCUCUUUUUUUUUUUUUUUCAUUGUCUCCUCAUUGUGACAGCAGACUGAUGUCACCUGGCUGCAGCCCAAUCGCUGGAAUAAAUGUUAGCUAAGUACAUUUUAUGCAAAACCACAGUUUCCUUAUGUUGCAGCUUUACAUUUGUUCAGGUUUAAUUUUCCAUUUCUCUCUUUCAUAAUCACACGUUGGAAACAUCCCCAGGGCUUCUUAAAACGACACAACAAGAGCGGCUGGAAAUGUCCACCGAUCUCCUUAAAAACAUCCAGUCAGCGUUUGGCAGUCUCGCUGGCUGCAAUAAUGCCACCACGGAUGCCCUUAACCUCCGGAUGUGAAAGUCGGCUAGUAAGCAUGUAAUGUCGGCUAGUAAGCAUGUAAUGUCAACCUGAUAUGUCACGUUUGAUACAAAUGACAACCUUGGACGAAUCCGUGGUUCACAGAAAUGUUAACUGCUAACAUUAUUCUCUGGCGACUGGGCUGUUAACUGACGUGCACAGAAGUGGUAGAGAAAAAGCUGUUCAGUUCAUGAAAAUGGUAAAACAAGGAAGCUGCCACGUUUUCAAAUAUGAAGCUAAAUGAGGUGGACAAAAGGUACUUCUUUGAGAUUAACGAUUUCUUUGUUCUUUUGUUUGUUUUAGUGUUUGAUAUUAGCUGUGUUUGAUUCUCGAGGUGUUUUCCCUCUUUUUUUCGGUGGAUGUGAAGUUAAAGUCGACAGAUUGUGAUUGUUGGUUCUCACUCUCCGGUGAAAGAAGCUUUGUAGUGUUUUCAUGUUUUAUUUAUUCUGUCAGUACACUGCGACUCUUUUAUUUUUAACGAGAAGAACCACAGACUGUGUCCGAGGCCAUACACAUCGAGUGUGUGAAAGUGGUGAAUUUCUAUUUUGGUUUUUCAGAAGUUUAGUUUGCCAGCGACUGCUUACGUGCCUUUAUUAUUAUGAAUACGUUAGAUUGGCCGAGAGGUCUUUGAUAUCAUCUGCUUCUGCAAGACUAUUAAGAGAGCAGAGAGUUUACACUAGUUGCGAUUUUUACCGCUGCUUACCGGGCAGAGAACGAAUGUCAUAGGGUUUACACAUGAAGUGUUGAAUAGAUUUUUCUUAAACAUUCUCUGCUUGUUUGGACAGAGAAACUCUUUUUUUUUGGUUUUUGUUUUUUUUUGAGAGUUUUUAGACCAAAGGGAUUGGAAGAAAGCUUAAUUUCAACACGAGUCCUGUAAUGAAACACAGUUAGGAAAGCUGAGUCAAUAUUUGAGAAGUGUUGGUGUCUUUGUGGGGCUUCAUCAUGUAUGAACCAGCUCAGAUGUGCAUGUAAUCCCUGAACAAAUGUAUCGAUAAAUUUGGAUCAUUUUUAAUUUUCUUCGGCCAUCAUUUUUGUCCUCUUUUAGGAAGUCAAUGUUGAGUUGAAUAAAAUUUCCACCAUUAUGAAUA